AUGGAUAACCCCCUUUUAAUCCUAAAAAAGGAACUAUUGUUGAUCUUAUUAAUGAAAUUGAUAAAUAGAAUGGAAAAAUAAAUAAAUACUUUUAGAUAAUAUUCCCUUAACAGGUUGUUGUUUCAUCUCAAUGUAAAGACUUAAUUCGUAAAAUGCUUGUUGGAGAUCCAAAAAAAAGGAACAUCUUUUGAUGAUAUUUUCACUCAUCCAUGUGGUUGCAUUGAUUAAAUUGAUUUUAGAAAAUCUGUUUUAUAAACUUAUGUUCCAUAACAUCAAGAAUUUAUCAAGAAUUUAUCAAGAAUUUAUCAAGAAUUUGUCAUUUACUCUCUAAUAAUAAAGUAAUUAGCUUCUCUUAAUUGUACAAAUUAUUUAAUCAAUAGAAAAUAAAUACAAAGAAUUAACCUAAAUUUGUAUUAAUUUUAGAAAUAUUUUGACCUAAUCUUUUUUAUCUAUUUAAUUGAAUAUUACUUAUUCAAAUUAGAAAGUAUGUAUUAAGCUACCAUAAAAUUAUAAAUAUUUUAAUUAUUAAUAUUUCUGGCUAACUUAUAUGAAAUAGUUCUAAAAAAUUAAAAUAUAAAUAUAUCUUUUAGUUUAUAGGUUUAAACCUCUAAGAAUAUUAAUUUACAAAUUAUUUUUCAUUUUAAUAUCAAGAAUAUACUGUUACUUUAUUAAAAGAAAUAAAGAAUUUGA